AUGGAUAGCGACGUCGCGCAGCGCACGUUCGAGCUCCCGCGCGCGCGGUGGGCGUACGUGAGGAUACGACUGAUCACGCGAGACGCGACGUGGAAGUGGUCGCGCGCGGGCUUGGAGUCGAUGGUGCGCGCGGCGGUGCGACGGGCGCACGGGGCGAUCGACGGCGGGUUCGAGGUGGAAUUCGUCGGCGGCGAGCGCGCGGGCGCGGGGGAGGCGUUCGCGGGGACGUUCGUGGUGAAGGUGGCGCACGAGAAUCGUAGGAAGUUGUGGAGCGCGUUGAGUUUGACGGGGUACAUGGACGAGUCGCAGGAGCGGGCGUGCGCGUGCGAAAUCGUCGCGGUGUCGCCGACGUUGUCGGCGCUCGCGGCUUGA